AUGCCCCACAUUGAAGACAUCAAUCCAGUUAAUGACAGCAUGGAAGCAGUGUAUCCCAAAUGUUCGCUGCCAGAAAUUUUUGCAUUUGUUGAGGAUUUUGAAAAAGAGAGCAAGAAAUUUAAUAUCCAAAAAACUCACAGCAUGUCUCUUAGUGAAGCACAGAAUAUACUUAGUCAAAAUUUGCAUUUCAUGUCACUCCUAAGAAGAAGUGGUGUGAGAAGAGGAGAGCCUCAGGCUGUUUUCAGAAAAGCAAUUCAUGGAUCUAAAGGAUCUAGAGUGGAGAUAUUAUAA